AUGUCUCACGGAAAGGUUAUUGAGGUUGAUAACCCUGUUAUCUUCAAGGCGCUUACCUCCAACGGUCCCGUGGUCGUCGACUUCUUCGCAACCUGGUGCGGUCCGUGCAAGGCCGUCGCGCCAGUGGUCGGCAAGCUCAGCGAAACCUACACCAAUGUGCGCUUCAUUCAGGUCGACGUUGAUAAGGUCCGUUCGGUGGCACAGGAACUGGAGGUGCGCGCUAUGCCCACUUUCGUCCUGUACAAGGAUGGCCAGCUGCAGGAGAAGCGCGUCGUGGGUGGAAACAUGAAGGAGCUGGAGGCAGCCAUCAAGGAAAUUACUGCAUAA